AUGGCUCCGUCGCGCACGGAGACCGAACCAUGUCUCUGUGCGCGACUGAGACACGUUUUCCCGAUAUCGAGAAAUCUCGAGAUAUGGCAAGCUCCACCACCAGUAAUGUUUAUGUACACAUCAUCGAAGACGUCAUCAGCAAGAGGCACUCCAAUAACCCCUUUCGAGUAUUCAUCUGCAAGUGAUAAUGGUGGGGUUCCUGAAAGGAGAGGUGGAGCAGGAAGACCUAGCCCUUAUAUGCAACCACCUUCAGGUUGGUUGAAUCAAAGGCCUCCUCUUGAUGUGAAUGUUGGGUGUCGCAUCCAGGAUGUCGACCAGCCAAUCGUUGACUACAUCAACAAUGUCCUCGCCGACGAGGACUUCGAUUUCGGUGUCGACGGCGAGGGAGCCUUUGAAGCUCUAGGCGAACUCCUUGUCGACUCCGAAUGCCGUUCAGUGUGUAGUAAAAUCUCAGAAAAAUUUGGGAAGCAUGGGUUGGUGAAAGCAAAACCAACAGUAAGAAGUCUUUUGGCACCAUUGAGAAUGUAUGAUGGAAUGGAUGAAGAAGAAGCUCCAAAAAAGAAGCCAGAGCCAGUGGAUGGUCCUCUAUUGACCGAGGGUGACAAGAUGAAGCUUGAAAGGAGGAAGAGGAAAGACGAUCGCCGGAGAGAGAGAGAAAUGGACCUAAAGGAGGAAGCUGGUAAGAGCAGUAGGGACUUGAAUGGAGGGGCUGACAAAAAUGCCAUUGCACAGAGGCUUGAAGAGAUAUACAAAAGACUGGAGUUUAUUGAUGCUUAA